UCGCGAUUUAACUCGAUGACCAUGAAACUCCCAAGGCGCGGCUCAUUACAGAACAACGACAGAACCUUUUUCCAUUCAAAACACCAACAUUCAAUAUAUUUACAACAAAAAUGUCCGGAAAACGAAAGCCAAGCCCCGAAGCGGACACCACUAACCCACCUCAGAAGAAACUAUCGAGACCAACAACAACUCCACAACCUCGUAAAAACACAGCAGUCUACGUCACGAAUCUGCCCCGCGACGUAACCGUUGCCGAAAUCGACUCUGUAUUUUCCCGCUUUGGAUUGAUUGCCGAGGAUCUUGCAACGGGCGAGAAACGCAUAAAGUUAUAUACCGAGGAUGACGGCAAGACAUUGAAAGGCGACGCUCUGGUGGUCUACUUCAAGAGCGAAAGCGUGUCUUUGGCCGUUGAUAUGCUGGACGAGACGGAGUUUCGCCUGGGAAAGCAGAGUACAGGGGAAAAGAUCCAUGUGCAGCCAGCUGAUAUGAACUACAAAGUCGAAAAAGAACCACAGCCAGUCCAACAGCGCUCGGCACGCGAAAAGCGAGAGCUUCAGCAAAGGGCUCAAAAGAUGAAUAAUAAGCUAGCAGCUUGGGACGACGAGGAGCUGGAACUGAUCGAGGAACAACAACGACAAAAUAAUGCGCUUGCUAAACGCUUCAGCAAGGUCGUGAUUCUUAAACAUGUCUUUACUCUCAAAGAGCUUGAGGAGGAUAUUACUGCCGCGCUUGACAUCAAAGAAGACAUCCGCGAGGGCUGCGAGGAGAUCGGUCCUGUUACUAGCGUGAUUCUGUAUGAUCUUGAAAGAGACGGCGUGAUGAGUGUGCGAUUUCAAAAGGAAGAGGACGCAAAGGAGUGUGUGCGUCGCAUGGACGGGCGAUUUUUCUCAGGAAGACGACUUGAGGCCGCACUGUACGACGGACUCGCGCGGUAUAAAAAGUCUGGUAAGAAGAGUGGGGCGACUGACGAGGAUGGUGAAAAAGAGGAAGAGGAGCGUUUGAAGAAGUUUGGAGAAUGGCUCGAAAGUGGCGCGGCGGAUGCCGAAGAUGAAGGUGAAUGGCAUGACGAUUAAUCGUUUUUCUAAUACAGUU